GGCUCCUCCUCGGUCUCUUCCUUCUUCUCGCCGCCGCAACAAGACUAUGGGCUUCGGUGAUCUCCGCUCCGCCUCCGGGCUCAAAGUGCUUAACGACUUCCUCUCGGAGCGCAGCUACAUCGAGGGGUUCGUUCCGUCUCAGGCCGAUGUCGCUGUGUUUGAGGCCCUCUCUGCAGCGCCCCCUGCUGACUUGUGCCAUGCCCUGCGCUGGUACAAUCACAUCAAGUCCUACAGCAGCAGCAAGGCCGGUCUACCUGGAGUGAAGAAGCCUUUGGGUCAGUAUGGUCCAGCAGGUGUGGCUGACAGCACAGACUCCGUCCCCAAAGUCCCAGCAGCCAGUAAGGACGAAGACGAGGAUGAUGACCUCGACCUGUUUGGUUCAGAGGAAGAGGAGGAUGAAGAAGCCGCUCGUAUCAAAGAGGAGAGAUUGGCUGCUUACGCUGCUAAGAAGUCAAAGAAGCCUGCGGUCAUUGCAAAGUCAUCAAUCCUUCUGGACGUGAAGCCAUGGGACGACGAGACGGACAUGAAGAGGAUGGAGGAGUGUGUGAGGACCAUCCAGAUGGACGGGCUGGUCUGGGGACAGUCAAAACUGGUCCCAGUCGGAUAUGGCAUCAAGAAACUACAGAUCAACUGUGUGGUGGAAGAUGACAAGGUGGGCACAGACAUUCUGGAGGAGCAGAUCACAGCCUUCGAUGACCUGGUGCAGUCGGUCGAUGUUGCGGCAUUUAAUAAAAUCUGAAAAUAAUAAAA